GUAAUGUUAGCACUGUAGCUCACACGUCUAUGCUUGUGUUGGUUGCAUUUGUGUCCUCCUGACACACUCCUUAAUGUUAUGUUGUUAUGUAUCUGUAAAAUGUGGAUAUAGUGUACAAUAGGGCUUCUGGAAGACACACACUGUCAGCUCAUUAGCAUUAAAGUUGCAGACACACAAAACUGGGUGUUCCCAGCAGAAUUUACAAAUAGCACUUAUGAACUGUACUGUAUAUUCCAACAUACUUUCAAUACAGUAGUGUGACACCUGUUAGACUUAUCUAAAAUUGGUGAAAAAUAGAAGAAUAUGGGACCUUUUUAAAGCUAUUUUUUGUGUGUAACAUUCAUUUUUCUUGUGGCCUCUAGUCUGGCUGCAUGUUUGUUUUGACACACAGCGACUCACACAAAUUUUCUUCUUGUAUUAAUUACAAAUUUAAUUUAUUAUUUAAAAAUAAUUAAUUUGAAUGUAUGGGAUACCCUGUACAAUACCAAUUCAUUAAAUAUUUCCACAUACUAUUGUACUUCCGUACUAAAAAAAACUACAGUAUUGCUUUUAUUUUUAAAACACCGGAAACAGUCCUCGCAUUGCGGAAACAAAAAUGGAUUCAAAGAUGGCGGAUGAGGUGAUCCUUACUGACGAAUUGGAGCAGCUAGACUUUUUAAGAGACCGACAUGUACGUUUCUUCCAGAGAACUCUUCAGGUUUUACCAGAGAGAUACGCCUCCUUGGAGACGACCAGGUUGACCAUCAUAUUUUUUGCCCUGUCUGGUCUCGAUAUGCUCGAUGCCCUGAAUGUCAUCGACAGCAAUGUCAUGAUCGAGUGGAUCUACUCCUUGCAGGUUCUACCCACAGAAGACCAAUCGAACCUGAGUCGCUGCGGCUUUCGAGGAUCAUCACACAUUGGAAUUCCGUACAAGACCAAGGGUCCAGGUGUGCUCCAUCCGUAUGACAGUGGCCACGUAGCCAUGACCUACACUGGACUGUGCUCUUUGCUCAUACUGGGAGACGACCUGAGCCGUGUCAACAAACAGGCCUGCCUGGCCGGUCUCAGGGCGUUGCAGCUAGACGACGGCAGUUUCUACGCCGUGCCAGAAGGAAGCGAAAACGAUAUACGCUUUAUCUACUGUGCCGCUAGUAUCUGUUACAUGCUGGAUGACUGGUCGGGCAUGGACAUCCAAAAGGCCAUCGAGUACAUCAGAGGAAGCUUGUCUUAUGACAACGGGUUUGGUCAGGGAGCAGGACGAGAGUCACAUGGCGGUUGGACGUACUGCGCCAUCGCCUCCCUGUGUCUGAUGGGUCGAUUGGAGGAGGCGCUGGGUCAGCGGGAGCUGGACAGAAUCCGCCGCUGGUGCAUUAUGAGGCAGCAGAGCGGCUUCCACGGUCGCCCCAACAAGCCCGUGGACACAUGCUACUCCUUUUGGGUGGGCGCCACAUUAGAGCUAUUAGAUGUGUUCCAGUACACCAACUUUGACAAGAACAGGAGCUUCAUCCUGUCCACGCAAGAUCGAUUGGUGGGGGGCUUCGCCAAGUGGCCAGACAGCCACCCAGACCCUCUGCACGCCUACUUGGGCUUGUGCGGUCUGUCUCUGAUCGGCGAGCCCAGCCUGAGGAAGGUCCACCCAGCUCUCAACAUCACCCAGAGGGCCUAUGAGCACCUCCGCCAGCUGCAGCAGACAUGGAAGGACAAUAGCGGCGGCUGCAGCCGACAGCACUGACAGGAGGACCAUCCAGUGGGUUCGGUACACGCAGGUCCAGGUCCAGGUCCAGGCCAGCUGGAGUGUUUUUCCUUUUUAUUUGAGGAAAUCAGAAGUGUCCAGCUCGUAACUUUGGAAAGUGGCCUUUUCUGUUAAGUCAAGCUGCCUUUUGGUUUAAAAAAAAAAAUGUGCCAGAACAAAAUCACCAGAGACCUGAAGACAUUACAGGUGCCAAACUGUCUCCAUCAUUAUUAAGAAUUGAUAAAAACCCGGUGUGGUUUUUUUGUUGAGGAGCAGCAGCAGUUUUCAUUAUAGACCAUGCCAGAUGUAUGGUACCCACCUCAUGGAUGAUGUAUUCAUGCAUUUGAAGGGGCCCGGUCUUAAUGCUGCCUGAAAAUGUGGAAAAAAGGUUGAGACCAGACAUCCUGUUAUCCUUGGAAGCAAAGCACCAUCUAAUGACAGACACUUGUCAGUUGCUAACACCCUUCCAGUGCUCUUGGAGACUGGAAACUUCAAACGCUCUCCACUCUCAAAAGGUUCAUUCCAGACCGGCAGGUUUUAUCUCCCGCCUGCUCCCAUCUUUGGGCGUUGUUUGCUAAUGAGGAGGUUUGAUCGGGCGGUGGUGCACCCGAGGGAGAUGUAGCCAACAAACCACCUUAGGGGGUCUUUGGUCUUCUGGAAGAUCGUUCAACAACACCUGUAGGGGGGAAAAAAAGAAAACAGCUUCCAGGGGCAAGCAGGAAUAAAAUGAAGCCUCUCGGGGACGUUGUUAAGAAGUGGAAAAUGUUAGAUUUUUCUUUUUGAACUUGCCAAGGGCUGUGAUCUGCGAGCUGGCCAGAUUUACCCUCGCAGACGGUUACUAUUCACUAGAACCACUUGAUAGCCAUCUUUGACAUCUGAAAGAGCUACACUUUUUGUUGUUGUUGUUGUUGAAAGUCCUGCUGAAAUGUCUUGCAACCCUGGCUAACCCUAUUUUGGCAAGUGAAACGGAGGCCCCCUUUACACAGAGACCUUGGAAAAUAGCCGCGAACCGAAGAUCCAGCAUUUAUUCACUUUUGCCUUUUCAUAGAACACAAUGAACCGCAAUAGUUCCGAUGCAUGGCGAUGUUAGCGUCUGGGUUGACAAUUGUUUUCAGCACAACAGGGCGGGAGAAAUGAGUAUUAAACUUCCACUGCACUCGUUAUUGCUGCUUUUCCAUGGGCAUACCUAGCUACUACAUAACUAGCUAGUACCUGGUCAGCCGAACCUUGAGGUUGAGCAGUUGCCAUUGCCGCGUCAUUGUAAAAUUUCAGGACACAUGACUUUAAAUGACAAAAAAUAAACACAUGCUGUGCCUUAAACUCCAUAUUCUCCUCGGUGUCCUAUCAAAUACAAUUUGUCUCCUUACCACGACCAACAUGCCAGGGAGUACUCCCUCCUUCUCAUUCGCGGUUGCCUUUUUUUUUUUGACUGAGGCGUUCAAUGCGGCGUGGUUUUCAGUUUCCCCACUGUAUUAUAUAUUAAAGAGCAGAGCUGAUACAAUGCAGUGGAAAAGCAGCACUCCUGUCACAGGUGUUCCUCAGGGCUCACUCGUAGGUCCCUUACUCUUUUAUGCUAAAUCACGUGGCCUUUAUUUAUUUUGUUUUAUAGCGACCACCAGCCGUCAACCCCCUAAUUUUGGCAAGUGGAUAGGAGAAACCACAAGAAGGGAUAAAGAAACAUGGCUUCAUUUUAUAAAUUGAAGGUUAUUGGAAGGUGUCUGUUGGAACCACCCCUUAGCAAGACACAGGAACCUCUUCUUGACGUUUACCCAAGGUGGGACUGCUAUGGAUGCUCUUCUGCUAAGCCCAGGCAGACUUGGAGGAGGAGGGAACACAGAGUGGAGCAGCAGGAUGAAUAAAUCAUUGGCGACAUCCAUUAUUCACGGAAACUGGUGGACAGUGGCAUCACUGCUCAGCCUCUGCCAACCGGUGUGAAUUUAGAGCCUUCUGACGACAGAACAGACAAUGCGUCUGUUAUGACGCUCUUUAGUUCACAAAGUAUUUCCCUCGGCUCUUAACACAUCUUUUGUGCUAUUAUUAAUGCAAAUGUCAUCCCGGGUUGACUGUUUUAUCUGACGGUCUCAAACACAACACAGCUAUUAAGUAAAACUAAUUAUAUAAAUGAUUUUUGCCCAGAAUCUGCAUGAUUCUGGCUUUUUAAAUGCAGUGCUGCUUGGCCGGGAACUCGGAUCAAUUCUAAUCGAAUAAUUCUGGAGUCUCAUGCAUCUUCUAAUGCCUGAAGAUAGCUUAUUUUUCAUUUGUGUCAAGUGGAAAAAUACUACUCGACCUCACUUUUUAUAAUGUGCCUCACGAAGUAUUGUUUUGUCCAUUUUGAUCCAUUUUUCCCCACCCUGUCUUUGAACCUUUUUUUCUUUUUUUUUUAAUAAAACAAGACAAAUUGCACACAGUUUUCCCACAACAUGCCUUUAUGUUACUGUCAUCCGGACCCUACUGCAUUUCUUGGAGGAGGAAAAUCCACGCAGUCAGGUCUCUUCAAUGCUUACUUGGCUUCCUGAAAGACGGCGACUGGGACGGACAGAUCUCGCUGCUUACUGCAGAUGGAGCCUGUUACUCAGCCUCAAUAGCUGCUUUCUGCCUGGAGGUCAUUGUUUGGACCCCUCCCACGCCACUCACUGAUAUACAUAAUGUAAUUUCGAAUGAUGUAACAUGAAAUGCCAUCUAUUUUUUGUAUGCUUUGUAGAGAUAUCAAGUGUAGAUAAACGUGUAAAUGACUAUAAAUAUGUGCAAGCAAGCAAGAAGGGCGAGAUAUAUAAGCGGCCGGGUAUGCAAAUGUUGAUUUGUUGGCUAUGUUCAGCUUUUGAAUAAUGUGAGGAUCCAAGCUUGGCAGCAAAUACUGUAUCUAUGGUAAAUAAUUGUGUAAAGGAAGCCCGUACAAAGAUGCCUGUGUCUUUUGCUCUGUUGACGUCAUGCAGAUCUUCUGUGGUGUCCAUGCAAAAAUGAAUUUGCAUUAAACCACGUUUGACCCCAAAUGAUAAUGACCUUUGUCCCCGAAUGCUGUGGAAGACAUACUAGCAUACAUGUAGUACCGAUGUCCUCAAGGUUUUGUAAUCAUUUGACAAAUGGUCAAAGACUUACAGACAGUUGUGAAGUCUCGCCUGCGCCCCGUGUUGACAUUUUCCUUGAUCGUGGCCAUGUUUUUCAACCAAUCUUGUUCAAAAUUUGCACACAUGCUUGUCAGUCCCCUGAAAGUGUGUACCAAAUUUUGUAGCAAUUCAGCUAACCUCUGUAAAGUUACAGUCGGUGUUUUGUAGAGCCGAGUGAGAAAUUUCAAGUUAAUCCGAUUUACCGGGUCAAACCUUUAGGGUGUAAUAACACCGACACCAUGUGGUGUAUUUGUCGGAAAAAUAAUGGCACAGGCAACGCGGAAGGUCUGAAUGUUUUGGCAAAUUUUCACUCGUGUGUGUGCAACAGUUCAGGAAUAGAAGACUGUAUGACGUAUCUACAACAUCUAGUCCAACACUCAUUCUUUAAUGGUCAAAUUCAAUGUUAGCUCAAUAGCAAAGAUGAUUUUAAAAAAGCCUUAUAAGAGAGUUUGUCCUCAGAUAUUGGACCUUAGUGGUACACAUAUGUAGACUGGCUGAUGCUGAACUUUCAGAGUAUACUUCCAUGGGGAAUUCAGCCUGACCCAGAUUGAAAUUGUCAAGAGACUAUCCUCUAACGUCCCAGCUGCAGCUGUACUCGGGUGUGGUGGGGUUGUCCUUUUGUGAGGCAUGCAACCCAAUACAAGCACUACAACUGUGAGAGUCGGCGGACAAAGACGGUUCUAAAAAAAAUCAGGAUGAAACGGAAUGGUGUUCAGCUAUCCAUUGUUCCCAUUUUUACACAAUGUGGUUUACACACCCCCCCAACUUGACCUUUCGCUAAAGUGUCACAGUAACCUUUGUACUAGUCUGUUUCCAUAACAACUUCAUAGUACUUCUCAAUGCUAGCAAUUGAGUCAAAGGAAAGUCACAUUUUCAUGGGAUGUUUUUGCUUUAAAAAGACAUGUCAGUGAUGCAAUGUGACGUGGGUCUUCACUCCAUAA